AGAGGACGAUCAGAUAAUCGGCUCUUACUUGGAGAUCCAGAACGUCCUUUUCACGGAUUACGGAGAGUACAAGUGCAUAAUCAGCAACAGCGUCGACGAGGAUAUCACGUUGACGGCUCACGUGUACGAACAAGAGCCGCAAUUCGUGCUGCACCUUCCGAACGGCUCGGAACGUAAGUCGCUGCUGUUGGCGGUUCUCGUAGUCGUGCUGCUGGUGUCGGUCGCCGCCUUUUACACACGCUGCUGGCUGCCGGUCGCGCUACUCUACAGAGACAAGUUCGGUCGUCUCGAGGAAAACGACGGGAAAGACUGCGACGCGCUGGUGUGCUACCACGAGAAGGACUCGAGCCUGGUGAUCGGCAAGCUGAUAUACAAGCUGGAGUCCAAGCAUCGUUACAAGUGCAUGCCGCUGGAGCUGACCAACCUGCAUCACAAUUGGAGCCUGGAGAUGAGCUCGCACGCGAGCGCGGCCCGGCGCGUGAUCAUGGUGCUGAGCCCCGCGUCCUUGGACAACGUCUGGACGGACGCGAGCGUCGCGGGUGUGCUGAAGCAGCUGUCGGUGCUGCCGGCGCGCACGAUCGUGGUCGCGCUGCAGGGUAUGCCGGGCACCACGGCGACGAUGGCGAAGCGAUCGCGACGGGACCGUCGCGACAUCCUCGACGGCGCCGGCGUGUUCUACGAGCAGCUGACGGUGCUGCGCUGGAAAGAGGGCGACGGCGGCCGCGAGUUCUGGUACAAACUGCGGCUGGCGAUGCCGGCGAUACGGCCGGUCGCGUCCGAGACCGGCUGCCAGUCGGUGGCGAUGAUAGUGCAGGCCAACGGCAAGUGCGGACAGCAGAAGGCGCGCUCGCGCGAGAGCCUCGAGGUCCUCGUUUAGGAACGCGCGUCGCCGUCGACCGUCGCGCGUCGUCGCCCUCGCGGACGACCACCACCGUGGCUUCUUCGCGACCGGCGACGCCGGAUUUCGGACGGGUCCUUGAACAACCCCUCUUCCUCCCCUCCCCCCGGGUACCUGCCGAGCCGGCGACCCCGCGGGGAGACGACCCUUCGUCCUAGGCGACGAUUCUUACGGCCGGUUCUCACGUCUUUCGCCUUUCUUCCGCGGGAGGAUCGCACCGCGUGUCCCUCGCGCGAUCCCGACGAGACGACGCAGCGAGGAGAGGAUCCCGCGAGCGAGCGCACCAGGUGGGAUCCUCUUAUCCUCGAUACUUCGACUUCCGCGUGGGAGCCGCGCGCGAGCCGACUCGAACAAUCGGAAGCUCGCGCGAGAGCUGCUUAGGAACAGAAAUCCCGCGCAAAGCCGUUUGACGUAAGCCGCUCGCCCUCCAUAUGUAUCUUCACACCGACGCUAGUCGCUCCCGUCUCUCUCUCUCUCUCCCCCCCCCC